AUGUCGGCAACGGAACACCAACAACUGGGUUCUUCCAGGGCUGUUGUUCGUGUACCUGCGUUGCUCGUGUCCGGGAACGGGGGACCCGCUUUACGUUCCGCUGACUUCCGGAACGAGGCGAGAUUCAAAGCUUGA